CUCAUUACCACACGCCCACCUAUCACCAUCCAUACAUCAUCAUCACCUCAACCCGUCUCAACACCGCAAUCUCUCACCCCCCCCCUUCACCUCCCGCGGCACCAACUAUGCCACCGCAACGCACAACCGCAUAGCUCCUCCUGAGUCCUCACCUUCUCACACAAACAACAACCACCAUCACCACCGACGUUCCCCCUCAACAAUGUCCUUCUUCUCCUCCCUCUUCGGCGCCGGUUCCGCCGCCGGUGCCGCCGCCGCUCACCCCCUCCGCCUCGCCAUCUCCACCCUCAAGGCCACCUGCCUCGCCCACCUCGCCUUCACGCACCUCGUCCAGCUCUCCCCCGCCAGCGGGCCCUCCAUGCUCCCCACCUUUUCCGUCCACGGCGACUGGAUCGCCGCCGACAUGACGGCCCGCCGCGGCGGCGGCAUAAGCAGCAGUAGCAGCGGUGAUAGCAGUGGUGGUGGUGGCAGUGGCAGUGGUAGUGGUGGUGCUUACAACCGCCUCCGCGUCGGCGACCUCGUCCUCUACAAGAUCCCCAUCUCCGACUCCCAGCACGGCGUCAAGCGCCUCGUCGGUCUUCCCGGCGACUACGUCUCCCUGGGCACCCCCGGCGAGGACGGCGAGGAGCAGAUGAUUCAGGUCCCCCAAGGCCACUGCUGGAUCGUCGGCGACAACCUCCCCGCCUCGCGCGACUCGCGCCAGUUCGGCCCCCUCCCGCUCGCCCUCGUCCAGGGCAAGAUCAUCGCCAAGGUCCUGCCCUGGCGCGAGAGGCACUGGAUCAGGAACGGCCUGGAUCCCGUCCCAAGCCCCGGCUCCGGCCCCAGCCCCGGCCCUUCAUCAUGA